AGAAAGGAGAAUCUUUGGCUGCAGCAACUCAUUGGAUCGAAAAAGUCAACUUUUUUGUGUGUUUUAAUAAAAGAAAAGAAAAUGGCACUUCGACAAACCUCAGAAAAGGAACCAAACAUCGAGUUGUUCAUCAAGGCUGGACAUGAUGGUGAAAACAUUGGAAACUGCCCGUUCUGCCAAAGACUCUUCAUGGUGCUGUGGUUGAAAGGAGUGAAGUUUACAGUGACCACUGUUGAUAUGAGGAAGAAGCCUGCCGAGCUCAAGGACCUGGCCCCUGGGACUAACCCUCCUUUCCUCCUCUACAACGGCACCCUGAAAACAGACUUCAUCAAGAUCGAGGAGUUUCUUGAACAAACACUGGCCCCUCCCAGGUAUCCUCAUCUCAUCCCAGUAAACAAAGAGUCCUUUGACGUGGGGUCUGACAUCUUUGCAAAGUUUUCAGCUUUCAUCAAAAACAGCCCAAACAAUGCUGUGCAGGAAAAGAACCUGAUACGUGAGUUCAAGCGGUUGGACGAGUACUUAAAUGCACCCCUGCCGGAGGAAAUCGACCACAACUCAACAGAAAACAUCAUCACAUCCAAGAGGAAGUUUCUGGAUGGAGAUCGCCUCACGUUGGCAGACUGCAACCUGCUGCCCAAGCUGCAUGUGAUCAGGGUUGCUGCCAAGAAGUACUGCGAUUUUGACAUUCCUGCGCACUUUACAGGCGUUUGGCGAUACCUUCAAAACGCCUACGAGAGGGAGGAGUUCAAACAGACGUGCCCGGCUGACAUCGAGAUUGAGAAAGCUUACUUUGGUGUUGCCAAGAGGAAAUAAAAAUGUUAAUUAUCUCUUCUUAGAGGCCUAUUUAAAC